AUGGAAGCUUUCAGUGUGAGAAAAGACUCGGUGCUGACAAUGCCGCUCUACCAGCUCUCUUUAACGCAUUUCUGCGAAGUGCAUGGUCCCACCUCGAUCAUUUGUUCGCAGGUCCUACCCUUUUCAUGCUCUCAGUGCUAUCCUGAGACCUCCGAUUUCUCGCCCGACGAUACCCCCGCAACUUCUCACGAUACCCAGUCCUCUCAUGGCAUGCGCAACCGCCUCGGCGACGCCAGGGAUACCAAAGCAACGAAACGCCCAGACGCAUCCGGCGCAACAGUUGGCAAAUCUCCCAAGAUUGAAGAUUCGCCAUAUUUCCUGAAGAAUCAACCAAACUCGAGCGAACCCUCCAAGUUGAACAUUCUGGGGGGAGCUGACGGUGAUACUUGCGCCAGCUGUAGCUUGACUCUCCCCGACGAUGUGAGUAGGCAGCUGCCCCCGGGCGCUCCAGGCACCGCGAGUCGCGACGGCAAGGGAAGGAAUAGUAGCCCAGUUUUGCGAUCCAGAGAAGUUGUCUACUCUUGCGGGACGAGUCAUUCCGACGGUGACGACAGUGCGCAUGAUCUGCACGGCCAUGCCUCCCUUCCAGAUUCCAUCCACUCGUCCUCCGUCGCCUCCGAUGCUUCGUGUCACACUCACAUUCUCACAUAUCUAUCACUCCGGGGCCCUCCGAACCCAUCAGAUUAUGCACUACUCCGCCGCUCCUCCAUCCGCACUCUCAGCUGCGAGCUUCUCCCUCGCGGCCUGUCCUCGGGACCACUGUGUUUUGGUGAUGCGACUGCGGGCUAUACUAUCGCUUACGUCUUCCGCCUGCCCGAUCCCAUGGCUCGGGGCAAAAGGCGUAGCUAUGCGCUUGUCGCGUUGGCCGGCAAGGAUGCGGGCAGGGCCUUCCGCGCGUGCCCGGUAAUAUGGCGUGCAUUUGGGAGAAUCGCAACCGGCAUCGUCAAUUCCGCCGAGAAAUACCAGGAGGAGGAGGCAAAGCGUCUCGAGGAACAGAAUGACGCAGCGAACCGGGCCAACAAUCGGCACUACACUCCCGUCUCGUCCUUCCUCACCGGCCGCAGAGUCGAUCCGGAUGGUCAGCCCCGCCGGCUUGGGCAGAUUCGGGCGCGGAACCUCUCCGAAAUUGUGGGCAAUCAGUAUAUCUUCGCCGAAAUACAUGCGCACUUUGUUGCUCUUUUGCAACAGCUCGGCUCCAUGUUUGGCGCUGUGCCAAUUUCGGAAGAACGAUUCAUUUGCAGCACACUAGGCGACGACGUCGACGUAAAAUCGCGACGCGGUACGUCAAUCGAUAACGGAAAGGACUCGACAUCCAAAGGCAAGUCGGAGAGUGACCUUGGAUUAUCGGGUCUGGAUUUGUCUUCUGGCCCUAAGCCCAUCCCUAUCGCGGCUCGUCGAACUGUCAUUGCCUAA